GUCUUUCUCAGAGAAGUUCGUUCGAUUCCAUUUCAAAAGUUAUACAAAAACUUGUCUAGCAUUUCGUGUGUCAGUGACGAAACCAGCCAACUUAGAAGAGAGAAAUGGAUUUCAGAAUCAUGGGUGUGGAUUCUCCACUGUUCUCUACCCUGCAGCAGAUGAUGGACCUGGCCGAUGACACCGACAAGUCUUCGUUCAACGCUCCUACACGCACCUACUUGAGCGACGCCAAGGCUAUGGCCGCUACUCCCGCUGAUGUCAAGGAGUACCCAAGCUCCUACGUCUUCAGCAUAGACAUGCCGGGGCUCAAGCCCGGGGAUAUCAAGGUCCAGGUAGAGGACGACAAUGUGCUCGUGAUAAGCGGUGAGAGGAGACCGGUGCAGGAGAAGGAGGGAGCCAAGUAUGUGAGGAUGGAGAGGAGGGUGGGCAAGUUCAUGAGGAAGUUUGUGCUGCCUGAGAAUGCCAACGCAGAUGCUAUCUCUGCGGUUUGUCAGGAUGGCGUGUUGACUGUGACAGUGGAGAAGCUUCCGCCUCCAGAGCCCAAGAAGCCCAAGAAAAUUGAGGUUAAGAUUGCAUAAGCGCAGUGGUUGGUGAUUCUUGGGUGACUCGAUGGGGUUUGCCCAUUUAGUUGGAUUAUGGGAAUAAUCGAGUAUUUUGUCCUUCGUGUGUUCUGUUCAUUGCUUGCAAGUGGAUUUUGUCUUUUUUCGUUGUGCCUUCGGUUUGUGUUUAGAAAACUGUUCUGUUCUUACCAAUGAAGAAUAUGCUAUAUACUAC